GGAGGGGAUGCUGCCUUGCCGGCCCUUCCCGCUCACCUGGCGGGGAGGUGAGAUGCCAGGGCGGAUCCCGCUCCGGGAGCGGAGCCGGUGGAAGCGGCCGCUGCUCCUGGCCGGGCUCGGCUCGCCUCGGCACAGCCCGGCCGGGGGCUCGGCUGCCCGGGGACACGGCGGUGACGCGCUGGUCCCCUCCUCCUGCCCGCGGACACCGCCGCUCUGGGAGCGCCGCGGAGAGGAUGGAAAUGCCGGGGGCGCGGGGAUGUAGCGGUGCUCCUUUCUUUUGUGCUUAGAAGGACAUCUGUGGUGGAGCCAGGCGGCAGGCAGGGAUCCCCAGGAAGCCGUGGCCAGAGAUGGGUGUUCUGGGACGCGGUGGAGGUGGGAGCUCUCCUAACAAUCCGAUGUCUUCUCCUGAGAACCCCAGGCGUGCUUCCUUCUCAGUCAGCUGGAGAAAGCUCUAAGGAAAGUCCAGCACCAUGUACACCUUCCUGCCAGAGAGCUUCACACCAGUGAAGCAGAAGCCCUCCAAGGAGCUGAGGCCCAUGCUGGGCGCCAUCUUGCUGGGCCUCUUGCUGUUCAUUGCUGCCGUGGUGGCCUGGUGCUACUACACGGUGUCCCUGAGGAAGGCGGAGCGGCUCAAGACGGAGCUGAUGGACCUGCGGGCGGACGGCUUCGUCAUCCGCAACCAGCACGGGGAGGUGGUGUUCCGGCUGGCCUUCCGCUCGGGCAGCCUGGACCUGGAGUCGUGCUCCAAGGAGGGCGAGAUCCUGAGCUGCUCGCGCUCCAGCCGGGGCCCGCUCAACUUCUUCAUCCAGACGGUGAAGCCCAAGGACACGGUGAUGUGCUACCGCGUGCGCUGGGAGGAGCUGGCGGCCGGCCCGGCCGUGGAGCACACCAUGUUCUGGGAGGACGCCCACUGGUACGGGGGCUCAGAGAUGAGCAUCCAGCACUGGCCCAUCCGCCUGGCCGGCUACCAGGAGCCCGUGCCCUACGUGACCAGCGACGUCUACUCCUUCCGCGACAGCUUUGGCGGCAUCCUCGAGCGCUACUGGCUCUCCUCCAAGGCGGCGGCCAUCAAGAUCAACGACUCCGUGCCCUUCCACCUGGGCUUCAACGCCACCCAGCGCGCCCUCUUCUUCCAGGCCCGCUACAAGGACUCGCCCUACAAGCCCCCGCCGGGCCAGCAGCCCUUCCCCGAGCUCAGCUACCGCGUCUGUGUGGGCUCCGACAUCACCUCCAUCCACAAGUACAUGGUGCGCAGGUACUUCAACAAGCCCUCCAAGAUCCCUGCUGAGAACGCCUUCCGAUACCCCAUAUGGUCCACAUGGGCCCUCUACAAGAAUGAUAUCGACCAGGAUAAACUCCUGCGGUUUGCUGAAAAGAUCAAGAAGUACCAUUUUAACUGCAGCCACAUUGAGAUUGAUGACAUGUACACCCAGACCUAUGGAGACUUUGACUUUGACCCUGUCAAGUUCCCCAACGUAACAGAGAUGUUUGCAAAGCUGAGGGAAGAUGGGUUUAAGGUCACUCUGUGGACUCACCCUUUCAUAAACUACAAUUCCUCCAAUUUUGGUGUGGGAAUUGAGCGUCAGCUGUUCAUCAAGGAGCCGUCGGGGCGGCUGCCGGCCAUGGUGGAGUGGUGGAAUGGCAUUGGGGCCAUCCUGGACUUUACCAACCCAGCAGCCCGUGACUGGUUCCAGAGCCACCUGCGCCAGCUCCGGCACAAGUACGGCAUCUCAUCCUUCAAGUUUGACGCGGGCGAGACCAGCUACCUGCCCAAGCAGUUCAGCACCUUCCGCCCGCUGUCGGACCCCAGCAUCUGGUCCCGGCGCUACACGGAGAUGGCCAUCCCCUUCUACGAGCUGGCCGAGGUGCGGGUGGGCUACCAGUCACAGAACAUCUCCUGCUUCUUCCGCAUCAUUGACCGUGACUCCGUCUGGGGCUACGAGCUCGGCCUCAAGUCCCUCAUCCCCACCGUCCUCACCAUCAGCAUGCUGGGGUACCCCUUCAUAUCUGCUGACAUGAUAGGAGGCAAUUUUUUCCCCAAUAAAACCAAUGGCGCGGUGGAGAUUCCCAACCGGGAGCUGUACGUGCGGUGGCUGGAGCUGUCGGCCUUCAUGCCCUCCAUGCAGUUCUCCAUCCCGCCCUGGCUCUACGACAAGGAGGUGGUGGAGAUCGCGCAGAAGUUCACGCAGCUCCACGAGUCCCUGGUGGCCCCGCUGCUGCUGGAGCUGGCGGGGGAGGUCACCGACACGGGCGACCCCAUCAUCCGUCCCAUCUGGUGGAUCUCGCCCCGCGACGAGGCCACUCACCGCAUCGACUCCCAGUUCCUCAUUGGGGACACCCUCAUGGUGGCUCCUGUGCUGGAGAUGGGCAAGCAGGAGCGGGAUGUCUACCUGCCCGCGGGCAAGUGGCGCAGCUACAAGGGGGAGCUGUUUGAGAAGACCCCAGUGCUGCUCACCGACUAUCCUGUUGACCUGGACGAAGUUGCCUAUUUCCUCUGGGUUUCCUAACAGGCUUCUUAAUCAGCUUUGGAAUAACUAUGCCUUACCUAGGACUUUCUAACAAAUAAUAACUCUAAUUGCACAUUUCAUUUAAGACUGGGGUGGAGGAAGGGAGCUAAAUAGACUUCACUGUUCUUGGGGAUAAUUUUUUUUUUAUUUGGGGAUUGAUCUUGAUUUUUUUAAUUUGGGUCUGAUGGUAGGCUCUGAUUGGAUUACAAUAGGCAGCAAUUUAUCUGUAUAGGUCAGAAAGGAGUUGUCAGUCUGUCUGCAGACACGUGGUAAACCCAGUACCUUUUCAGUUCUCAAGGAUUUCAAGAGUUGGAAGUUGCUUAGUGCCAGUGGGGAGCAUUCCUAGUCUUGUGGGAGCACCUGGCACUGGGUAUGGGGGUGUGUGCUGUGGGAGGAUUGCUACAGCACAGCCUGCCGUGAGUUUUUUAAUAUGGCAAAUAUAUUCAAAUGGAUAUUUUUAAGAGCAUAAAGCAAAAUAGAGUUACAUAUAUAUACAUAUAUAUAUAUAUAUAUAUAUAUAUAUACACCUAUUUUUUCCCCCUUUUGCCUGGAUGGCGCUGGACUAACAGUUGCCCCAUGCCCCUGCUUUUCUGGGUGCCAGGCAGGCCAGGUCACUCAAGUGAUGUCCAUGUGUUUUAACUGAAUGGGUUGCUUAUUUCCUGCUGGGACAGCUGCAUCCCACCUGCUCACCCAUUUGACUUCCUCUACAAGGCUCUUGCCUGCGUGUUUUGCCCGGGGCGUCAACAUUGCCUUUCCUUGAGCAGCACCGCCUGUACCAGCAUGUCCCAUUUUUUAAAGCACUUAUGACCCCACCUGGUUACAUGAUUAUCCUGCUGACGCCAUCCUUUUUGGUUUUUAAGAGCAGAUGAGGUUUGUUGCUGGCAGAAGGGCUGCCUGGAGCAAAGCUGUCCUCAGACACUCGGAGCGGCGCGUCCCUGGGAACAGCCGGUUCCCGCGAGCGGCACGUGUGGUGGAUUGACAGUGCCGUUUGCCGGGGGUGGAAAACACCAGCUCUGCUCACGGAUGGGUCUGUGCCAGCGGCUGUUCUCACUGCACCCACGGAAAUGUUCUCAUCUAACGCGGAGUUAAGCUAAUGCCCAUCUCAGGUCGUUAGAGGUGAUGAUUUUUGUUGGGGGUUUUCCUGAGUCAGCCCUCCUCUCUGCCUGGGAGAGUCCUGGGGAGCUUUCUCAGGCAGUGUUGGUGUUGCUGGAGGUGGGAUUGGUGUCAGAGGCUCCUGGAGGGCACAUGGGGUGAUGUCAUCCUGCACCCCAAGUCCCCAACAGCUGCAUCUUUGGCAGAUUUUUAAUUUGGUUUUGUUUGGGAAAAUGCAUUUACAGAAACUCAAGGCAGGGCCAACAGGAUUGAAGCCUUCCCGAAGGCAAGAAUUCCCAGCUCUGUCCCAGAUGGGAACAUGUGUCAACCCCUGAAUUUUUAAUAAGCUUCUGCAGAAUUGAAUUCAAUUGUGAUGGCUAGGAAGGGUUGGGCAUCUUGCCCAGGCUAUAGCCAGCCAAGGACAGCUCAGCAUCUGUGGGGCUUCUCCUGGAAUUGUGUCUGGGCUGGGCGUGGCUCUGGCCGAAGUCAGCCGUGCAGGGAGAUGGUACAUGUUUUGGGUAGGGUUGGGUACCAGUGAGGAUCUUUCUCAAAGCCCAUCUCCAACCACAGAGCUUUUCAGGAGGCAGAAAAGGAGAUGCACUAAACUUGAGGGAUGUAAUGGGGUGCAGGAGGAGAAAUUUCAUUGUUAGGGGCAAAAUCUGAAGUGGUUUUGUGUAGUUAGGAAGUGAGGAAGUCUGGUUUGAUGGACUCCCUUAACACCUGAAUUUGCCCUGUAUAAUUUACUCUCAAAAUGGGAUGUAGGGGAGCCUAACAGGUCCCUGCCCAGCUGGAGCACAAGUGUUUCCUGAAGCCUCUUUGUUUCUCAGGUUUUUAAUUCUGAAGGACUCAAGUUUCUUCUCUGCCACUGGUGCAGAUUUACAAGUUACAGACACCCUCUGGCAAGGAAUUAGUCCUGGAACCUCAGUGUCAUUCAUCAGGGCACUGGCAGGACUUGGCCCUUGCUUACAGGGUGAUGUUGAAGGCGAGGAGAUGAGUCUGGCCAAAGCCUUUAAGAAGGGCCAAGUGUGGAGGGAGCUUCUGCAGCCCUAGACCAUGCUUUGAGGGGCUCCAGCUCUUCUCUUUCAACCUUUGCUCAUGAAAUGCUUGUCAUCCCUUGGCAUGGGAGUCAUUAUGAUGCCUUAAGAGGCUACCUAGAACAGAGGCUAGACAUUAUUAAAGGAAUAGUUAUUUAUCAGAAAGGCCUUCAAAGGAUACACUUUGGGCAGUACAAGAGCCUGGCUGUGGCUCCACCCAAGAUGGAUGAUGGGUCACAAGUUUUCAUACUUUUAUAAGUUUUGGUCCAUUUCCAUAUUGGGGUUAACUGUCCAAUUACAGCUUCAGGUUAUGAAGUCCCAUCCUCCCAAAUUGCUCUUCUCAAUUCUCUGUUUAUACUUGUUGGGCCUGAAGCUGCAACAGUGUCCUUGGUUCUCAGGCUGGAAAAUGAUUGUUUUGUCUAACUAAACUGUGAGAACUUGCUAACACUUUAUAUGAAGUUCAGAGUUAUAUACUAAUGCAGUACAGAAUCUGGAAAAUACGAAAGCUAAAACUUAAGGCAUCAGUUAGGUGGAGGAGAUGUUGUUGCACAGCUCAGCUGCCAGUGCAGAAUUGGGAUCCUUGGCACAGGACUUCAUGGGAAGGAUCCUGGCAUGGCCAUGAGAUGCUGUCUUCUCUCCCCCUGGUUCUGUGCCACUCACCAUAUGCAUCACUCAUGAGGAAUGAGGCUGUGUGAAGAGAAACACAGCAUCCUUGUUAUUAUCCUUCUACUAUUAAAAUGAUGGGAGCAGCCAGAUGAGUGCCUUUAAUCUCCUUGCAGUGGUUUCAGGCACUGUCAGGAAGGUCAUGGAGGAAAUUAUCCAUGAGACACACUGUCUUCUUUCCCCUCCCCUGAAGAAGAAAGGGUUUUAUUUACAAAGUUAUAAUUUUCUUUUAUUUAACUAUAUCAAUGAAUGGGUAAGAUUAUAGAAUAUCCUUAUUUUCCUAAAUGCUGUAAUUAGUGCACAAGUGGACAUGGCUGUUCAGUGGUCCAGCAAGGAGAAAGAUAAAGUUGCUGAGAGAACUAUGAGCUGAUGUUGGGGAUAGGCUCAGCAGUGCUGCCUUAAGAUGUCUCACAGGCUUCUAGAUGGCCUUUCCAUCCACCUUUUUACCAAAACCACUAUUUCUAACACUAUGCUGUAGCACUGCAGGACUUGAGGAUCUCUCAGACCUUGCAGACAGGAAGCUCUGCACAGAUACCUUGGGAACUGCUGCUAGGGAUAUUUCUCUGAUUCACACCAUGGGUCACUGGCCAAAGCUGGGUUUAGCUUGUUUCAGCCGAGAAAAAGCCGCAGACAAGGUUUGGGAGUUGGGUUCAGUCUUUUCACACCUGAUACUUAUGUGAUUGAACUUUGAAGCUUGCACUGUUGUGAAUCAGGUUUUCUGGAUGCUUGUGUUUGUACAUGCUGUCCUCUGUCAGACUGUAAUGCUGGUGGGUCUGUUUUUAACCACUUUUCUAAUUGCUAAUUGGUAUGAACUGUAACAUGAGUCACCUUGAUUGAGAUAAAAUUUUGGAAAACAAAAAGAAGUUUAAGUAUGUCCAUCUGUACCAAAUUGGUGGGGCUGGUGGUUCAGGGAGAUCUGGGGCUUUUCUCACUCAAGUCUUCACUGAAAUCAGGGUGGAGAACGUUGUUUUAUUUAAAGCUUGCAGCCUGCAGCUUUUAUGUAUGUUUUAAAAGGAGAAGCUGGCAGUAACCUCACUCUUGUGUUUGCAGUGGUGGCAGACAAUCCCACUGGAUUGAGGAUUGUCCUCCCUUAGGUCCUGACAGCAAAGAGACUAGCUGUGUCUUAGGGCCAGCCAUGAAAAGGCCAUGUCCAGGUGAACCCCAGUGUUGUGUCAGCCCCCAGGAGUGGGGACCAAACACACCUCCAGGGUCGUGGGCCUAUUUCUACUGACAUUCACCCCAAAAAAGGUUUAUCAACACCGAGUCUGGGGAUUUGCUAGUCCUUGCUGCUCUCAGAGGACACACACUUCAAGACUGUUUGUAGGGGAUGAGCAAGAGGACCCUGUUCUCAGCUUCCCUUGGGCUCUCCAGAAGGUCCUUCUGACUGUUCCCACCGUCCCCAUGGUUCCCCUUUCCAGGUGGCACUGACAGCAAGGACACGGAUGGAAUAGAUGUUGUGGCUAUGGGAGGGCCAGGAAUGGAGCAUGUGAGACUCAUUUAGGAGCCUGCCUUACUCCACAUCACCCCCUUUUCCCCAAAUAAUGUUUUUCCUUCCCUUUCCAUUGUUACCACACAAACCAUAGCUGCCUUAUGCCAUUGGGCAUCACUAGCAGUGGCCAGCCUUUACAGUGUGGCUUGAGAGGGACUUCAUUUCACUCCUUUUGCAAUAAAAGACAUUUACCCAAA